AUGCCCAGAGGGGAGAGGGAGCGGGGGGCCGAACUGAGCUGGCGGUCCCUGCUCUGGCGCUGGUUUCGCCUGGGCGCCUUCCUCAGCUUCUGCUGCCUCGCCGGCUUCUUCUUCUUUUCGGUCUCCUGCUGGUCGGCCUGGCUGGCAGUCCGCCCGCUGAUCGCCCACACCGCGUCGCACAUCUGCCUCAGUGCCUCGAGUGCCGCCGCCGCCGCCGCCGCCGCCGCCGCCGCCGCCGCCACCACCACCACCACCACUGCCACCACCUCCCCCGGCCAGUCGCUGCUCCACCUCUUUCAGUCGCUGCUGCGCUUCUUCGUCCCGCGCUUCAUCCCCCUGCCACCCGGGCUGCACCUGCUGUCAAGGCUCGGGCUCUUUGUCUUCCAGCCGGUGCUCUCCUCCUGUGACCGGGUGCUGGACCUGCUUUCUGGGCUUCCCCUGGUCCUCCCAUCCUCGGGCUCGCCCUCGCCCUCGCCCUCGCCCUCGCCGCCGGCCUCCCUGUCCCCCGUCGGCGCGUCGGGGCUGGCCCGUUCAUUCCCGGAUCUCCGGUCCUGGUUCCGGCUCGCCCCCGCCACCGGCGCCCCGGCUCCGACCGUCGCCGACUCCAUCUCGGCCGGGCCGUUUGACGCGGUUUUCCACCUGUUCACCGGCCCGGCAGCCGGCUCGACCUUCGGCGGCAGCCUCCUCACCUGGCCGCGCCUGGUGCUGGCCUUCGCCCGGGCAACCCUCGGCUGGGCCUCGCCCGCGGGUCUUCUCGCAUCGCGGCAGCCCGGCCACUGGGCUGACUGGCUGAUCGGGGCGCUUGCCCUGCUGGUGCUGGCCCUUCGCAUCAUGUGGAUCCUCGGGAGCCUGGCCCUGGCGCUGUUGUUUGUCCUGGCGCCGGCCGCCUGCGUGGUGGGCUUCCUGGCCUGGGAGCUCUUCCUCAUCGGGCUGGUGCUGACGGACACCCUGCUCGGGCGCUUUCUCCAAGUGUGGGACCGCCUGCCGCGAUGGCUGCGCGUGGCCCUGCGCUAUGGCUGGCGGUCGUCCUUCCUCGGGGUCACGCGCCUGGUGCUGGUGCUGGAUGUGGCCGCCCGGCUGCUGCUGCGCCUGGUGCCGUUGAUCGGCUCCGGACCACCUUCCUCGCGCUUCCACACCUGGUCCCUGGUGAAUGCCUGCGACGCCUCCUUCGAGGGGUUUGACGUGGAGUUCCUCGGGCCGGGCUUCGACCCGGCCGGCGAGGAGGACUUCGGCGGCCCGGAGCGCUCGCUGGCCAUGGCCCUGGCAUCCAAGCUGGCCUACGAGUCGCCGACGGUCAUGGCCGCCGUGGCCGGCCCCGGGGGCUUCGGCUUCCAGCGGGUGGACCCCUUCAGUGUCGGCGGCCGCGAGGCCAUCCGCGGGUAUGUGGCCACCGAUCGCCUGGCCACCGGGGGCAUGGUGACACUCCUGGUCUUUGGCGGCACCCAGCCCCUGGAUUUGCGGCACAUUCUGGCCGACAUCCAGAGCAAUCUCAGCCACUUCCGUCUGGGGACGGAUGCCGGCCCGGCGGCGCCGGGGUUCGUCUCGACGGUGGCCGCCGCGGCCGCCACCGCGGCUGCUGCCGCCGGCCGCCCCGACGCCCCGGCGGACACCUCGCCGAUGGCCCUGGCGCCGGUCCUGUCGCCCGGGGCUCUGGUUGGCACGGUGGCCGGCGGGGUGGUCCUGCCCGGGUCCACGGCCGGCGACCUGAUUGCCAUGUCCUUCGAGCCGCUCCAGGCAUCGCUCUUCAUGUCCGGCUCCAUGCACCUCAUGUCCCAUGCGUCUGGGCCGCUUUCGGCCGAGCCCUCGCUCCAUGGGCCGGCCGGUGGCGCCGGGGCCGAGGAAACUCCCGGUGCCGGGGCCGGCGCCGCCGGAUCCGGCGCCCUCUCGCCCGGCCUCGGCCCGGGCCCGGGGCCGGCCGCGUCUCCUGCCUUCUGGCCAUUGGCGCCGGACGCCUCGACCGUCGAGGCCGCGGCGGUUGCCGGGGUGCCCCCCGGUCCGGAGCGCCGGCAGGCCCUCUAUCAGGCCGGGCUCGGGCACGUGCACUAUGGCUUUGGCCGGGCUCUCGGCAUCUUGCAGUCGGCUCUGGAGCGGCGUCCGCUGCCGGGCGCCGCCGCCAGCCCGAGCCACCCGGCCGAUGCCGGGCCGCCGGCCGACGACGACUGGUAUGCCGAUGCCUCGCGCUCCGGGCAUCUGGCCGGGCCGAAUGCGGCCGCCUCGCCACCCGAGGCUGUCCUGGCCCCGGUGCAUGAUCUGUCGGUGACCGGGGCUGGGGGGGGCCUGCGGGCGCGACGCCUGGCCACCCGUGGCGGCGCCGGCACCCCGGGCGCAUCGGCCUGCCCGCCGGCCGGGCCCGGGCUGGCUGGGCCGCGUGAGUCGGCUCGCUCGGCGGCAUCCCCCCCGGCGCCGGCUUCCGAGGGCGAGGCCAUUGUGCCGGCACCGGCUCCCCCGGGGUCCGGGCUGACACUGCCGUUGCUGCUCAAUAGCCUGGCCAACAUCCUGGUUAGCCCGGUGUUUGUGGCCGCCAGUGUCGGGCGCUUGGUGGCCGGCUGGGCGGCUGGGCGCAUUGGCCGCUGGCUGCCGGCCGGCAUGGCCGGCGCACGCCCCGGCCCCGGCCCCGGCCCCGGCCCCGGCCCCGGCCCAAGCCGGUCCCCGAGCAGCCUGUCCUCCAUGUCCUCCUCGGCCGGGGCCGCCGGCGCGGCACGUGGGGGCUCCUCCCGGCGGCGCCUGCUCCCGGGGCUGGUCAUGGGCCUGUUGCUGCCGCUGCGCGUGGGCCUGGCACUGGGGGUGCUGCUGCUGCGCCUGGCCGCCGGCACCGGCGGCCUGCUGGUCCGAUUGCUGGCGGCCGCCGCGGCGGUGGUUCUGUCCCGGCCGCCGGAGCACGGGGCCCACGUCGCUCCGGCCGGCAUCCACUGGUUCCUCGGGCGGCUGUUCCGAUCGGCGGCCAGCACGCCGGACGAGCCGGACCACUGUGCCGCCAGCGCCGCGGGCCGGGGCCGCGCGGGCGGCCAAGCAGGCGGCGGCUCUGGCCCCGGGGCCGGCGGCCGGCCCGGCGGCCCGCAUGGCGGCGGCCCCUCCGACGAGCCGGCCACCCUCUACCAUGAGGUGAUCUCCCUGCUGCUGGAGCAUGGGGCCCUGACGGUGGACCCGCUGUCCGGGGCCAUUGUCCGGCCGGCCGCUCCGUCGACCACCGCCUCCACCACCGGGGCCUGCUCGCCCGAGACCUCGGCCGAGGCCGAGGGGCUGGCCUCGCCGGGGCACGGGCCGGGCCGGGCCGGCACCCCCGCUGCUGGCCCCGGGCAGCAUCGGCUCUUCAUCUGCGGGCAUAGCCUCGGCGCCGCGCUGGCCACCCUCUUCUCGGUGUCCCUUUGCCUGGACCCGGCGCUGGACGGGACGGACGCCGGGGCCACCAGUCCGCCGGCCGAGCCCGAGCACCCCCCCGCCCCCGAGGCGGACAUCUUUCCCCUGUCGGCGUGGGGCCGGGCCCGGCUGCCGGAUGGGGUCUACACCUAUGGGGCCCCGCGUGUCGGGGACACCAAGUUCGCCGAGGCGGUGCCCUUCGACCUGGUGGCGCGGAUGUGGCGCUUUGUCCAUGAGAACGACGCCAUCCCCAAUGUGCCGACCGUCAUCCCGGACUGGCUGGUCACGCGGAAUUUGGUCGAGCAGCACUUCCUCUUCCGGACCUUCUCCGGCCGGUCGUCCGACGGCCAGGGAUACUGCCAUGUCAGUCGCGGCAUUGUCAUGAACAUGUCCGGCCUGCUGCGCCUCGAGGAGGAGGAGGAGGAGGACGACGACGACGACGAUGAUGGCGAGCAUGGUGAGACACAUCAUGGGAGCGGUGGCCAUUGUGCCGGCGGCCCGGGCGGGGGCAAGGCAGCCGCCACCGGUGCGUCUGUGGCCGCGGCCUCGCCCCCGUCGCCCCCGCCGACGCCGCCGAGCGAGGAUGCCGCCGGGUCGGGCCCGGGCCCGGGCCCGGACCCGGGCCCCCCGGGCCCGACGCCCCCUUCGCGCGCGGUGCACGCCGCUCGGUCGCGAUUCCGUCGUCUCCGGCAGCAGGGUGCCAACCGGGGCUUCUCCCUGUACCAGGUCCUGCGGAAGCUCCUGUUUGAUGUGCUCAUCCCGGUUCUGCCGCAGAUCCUCAUGCCCGGGUACUACAUCAUGAAGAAGACCCUCCGGGCGCUGCAGAUGUCCUGGUCCUACCGGGAGUCCCUGCUCCGGGCGUUCAUCCGCAUCGCCACGCCGGAGAGCUUCAACCACCUGCCGUGCGACUAUGUCCGGUCGCUGGAGCGCGCGAUCGCCCUUCGGCAGUCGACGACCGGUGCACCGGCAGCUGGCAUCUGA